CGGCGGUUUGUUGCUGGCGCGACCACGGACCGACCUCCUCAUUCAUUUCCACCACCAGCGCACGAGACAGGUAGUCCGCCGCCGCGACCAUGCAGCACGACGAAGUAAUUUGGGGCGUCAUCAACAACCAGUUCUGCUCGUUCAAGAGCAAGCUACGCGAAGGUUCUGCGUUCUGCCGGAACGAGUACAACGUCACCGGGCUCUGCAAUCGGCAAUCGUGCCCAUUGGCAAACAGUCGAUAUGCCACCAUCCGCGAACACAACGGCGUGUGCUUCUUGUACAUGAAGACUAUUGAGCGCGCGCAUUCGCCUAAGAACCUAUGGGAAAAGGUCAAGUUGUCCAAAAACUACACCAAGUCCCUUGCUCAGUUGGACGAACACUUGCAAUUCUGGCCCAAGAAGCUCAUCCAUCGCAACAAACAGCGCUUGACCAAGAUCCAUCAGUACCUCAUGCGCAUGCGAAAGCUUCGCAUGAAGACCAAGCCCAACUUGGUCGUCAUCUCGAAGAAGAUCGAGCGCCGCGAAUCGCGCCGUGAAGAGAAAGCUAAGGUCGCUGCCAAGCUUGAAACAUCGAUCGAAAAGGAGCUGCUGGAACGGCUGCAAAAGGGCACAUACGGCGACAUUUACAACUUUCCCGAGCGCGAAUUUACCAAGCUCCUGGACGAACACGAGGAAAUCGAGGAGGAGCAGAGCGAAGACGAAGAGUUCGAAGGGGAUGGCGAAGUCGAGUUCGUUGAGGAUUUCGACGACGAAAGCGACAUGGAAGACUAUGAGCAACAAGGCUCGGGUGAGGACGACGAUGACGACGGUGACGAUAGCAGCAGUGACGAAGACCAGCCCAAGCGCAAGAAGCCCAAGCGGCAACCUGCCCCCAAAGGCCCGUACGUCGAGAUCGAGUACGAGCACGAACAGGAAUCGGCCACGUCAUAAACACGCUCCCAGUUUUGAACAACGAGGUGUACUUCAACGUGUUGGACGUACGAUGUACGACUCGCAUACUGUUGAAAAGUAUAAUCGACCGUCCGCAAGUUCAAAGUC